CAAUUACUUCAAAAUUAAGUAACGCGAGAAAAGACAUGUCUUUCAUAUUGCAAUUGGUGUUAAUAUUUUUAUUAAAUAAAACGUACGCGUAUAGCACGCAAAAAAUCGAAAGAAUAUUGCUGCCGGCAUGGAAUCCGACAAGCGCAGAAGAAAUAUCACUAACUCUGAAAGUUUUUGGAACACAAAUUCAGUUAAACAUGCAUAGGAACGAUCAGAUAGUAUCGUCCUUGUUUAAAGCAUGGAAAUAUGACGCAAAAAAAAUCACAGGACUAUCACAAUUAAACGCACCAGAUCUUUGCUAUUAUUUUCACAAAGAUCAUAUCAGUACAGCGGUCAUAAAUUUUUGUCAAGAACAUGGAUGGGAAGGAUUUGUUUUUCUGAAAGAUGAAAUUUUGGAAAUUAGACCUUUGCGGCAUUACUUUGCGUCUUCGUCCUCAAUUUACGAUCUUUGCGUUAAAGAAGAAAUUAAUAUUUCAUUUAGCAAACCUUACCUAAUUGAAAAAUCAUUGCAAUUAUCUGCUGAUUCAAAUUUUCGUAAAUUUGAUCAUUUUAAACUAAAGCGACGUUUUGUACGAGAUACGUUAAAAAAAUUAACUAUAAAAUUAGCUGUUUUUUUCGACGCAGCCGCAUAUCAUACGUUCAUGCCUUUUCUGGACAAAGAUGAAGAAAAGUUGCACAUGAUGAUAUUAGCGUACGUGAAUCGUAUCCAAGCUGUGUUCCAUCAUCCGAGUUUGGGAGCUUCUAUCGAUAUUUCGUUGGUACAUUUGGAUAUCAUGAGAAAACAACCGUCAAAUUUGCCAGUUUCUGACGAUGAUGAAAAACUAUUGAAUUCAUUCUGCAAUUACACGAUAACUCUUAAUCCUAAGGACAAUGACCCAAAUCACUGGGACAUUGGUCUAUAUCUAACCGGAAUGAAUAUUUAUAAGACCAAACGAGGCAAAGUCCCAUAUAGUACCGGAGGUACAAGCAACAUAAAUAGUGCGUGCACAAUGUUUCCAUCGUGUGUGGUAACAGAAUUCGGUAGUGCGGGUGCUCUAUCUUCGGGUUUUUCAUCGUCUCUCAUCGCUGCUCAUGAGAUCGGUCAUGUCUUGGGAAUGUUAGACGAUGAGGCGCUUAAAUCGUGUCAUAAACUCGAUUACAUAAUGUCAUCUAUACAGUUACAUUUUGGCCAAAUAACAUGGUCCAAGUGUAGUCAGAAUCUUGCUAGAGUACUUUGGUACCUAAAACCAUGUCUUCGAAGUCGUACGAUAAAUAUCAAAGAUGCCUAUGACCAUUCAUAUUAUCACGAUUUACCUGGAAGAGAAUGGAACGCCAAAGCACAAUGCGAAAUAUAUUUUCGCGACAAAGAUGCAAACGUAGUCACAUUGCUCGAUAUAUGCAAAACCUUACAAUGUGAAACGCCUCAUAAAAAAGGCUUUUACGUAACGGGACCGGCGUUGGAAGGCACUUAUUGCGCACCUGGGAUGGAAUGUAGCGGCGGGCAAUGCGUCCCCGUUAUCGAACCACCAUACAUUUUCAAGUAUUGUAAAGAUGAUAACUGGAGUGAAUGGAAAGGAGACACCUGCCAAAGUGGUUGCUUCGAGAAAUCUAAAGGGGUAAAAAUCAAACGACGUUCUUGCAAACAUGAAAAUCUGUGGACGUCGAAUUGCGGAGGGCCAUAUUACGACGUGAUUCUCUGCAAUGACUCGAUGCUUUGCAAUGAAAGUCGCAUGACAAUCUCCGAGUAUACUGCCGUGAAAUGUAAUCAAUUCAUCAGUAUUGUAAAGCGUACAAACAGUACGAAAUGGAUAGUCGAACUGGAAAGUGGGCCAGGAGUUCAGGUCCUUCAUAAUGUCGCGGAACCGUGGAAGGCCUGUUCUAUACACUGCCGCAAAAAAAAUUCAUCAAUUUUUUUCACACCACGCUACAAAAUGCUCGGCUUUAAUAUGGACCCAUACUUUCCGGAUGGAACGUGGUGUCACAAUGAAGAUGGGCAGGAUUAUUACUGCCGCCAACAUUAUUGUCUACCGCCAAGUUACUCUUAAGGAUUAUUCUCUGGAUGUUAUUGAUGUGCGUGAACGAGAAUCGAGAAAAGAGAGAAUGUUGAAACACGCGUAAAUCAGUUUAAAAUAAUUGAUCGAUUCGUUUGGUACCGAAUAAUCGAACAAUCUGUCUUUGUUUACAUCUGUUUCGCGUAUCAUCCGUACCUUCUUUAAUAAAGACAAAUGGAUUAAGAGGUACGUUGAAUUAUUAGCUCCUACAACAAAUUCCGUUGAGUAGCAAUAAUAAAAACUUAAAAAAAAAACAAAAAAAAUAAUAGGUCAUAAUUAACAUGUUUGCAAAUCGAAUAAAUUAGUUGCUAAAUAAAGUAGAGGUUUUAUACAAAACAAUGUGAAAGAAAGUGAACGAGAACGAAACGUCACUCACUAUGUUGUGUAUUUUAAUAGUUUACCAAUGUUGUAGUAAUA